CAGGUGACGCAGUAGCGAAAUGGAACGAGUCUUCACUCAUGAACCCUGAGGAAAUGGGGGAGUACGCAGAAGGAGACAUACUUAUCCCCAAGUUAGGCAGGAAUGGGAUUAGAGAUGAAGUAUCACGCUGGCCUAAAGGAAUUAUACCUUAUGUCAUCGAGGGACGAUACAAUCAAGAACAACGCGACACCAUCAUGAAGGCGAUAGCUGACUACCACCGCUUGACGUGCCUCCGCUUCGUCCCGUACAACGGCCAGAAAGACUACAUCACCAUACAGAGCGGCAAUACCGGGUGCUGGUCCAGCGUUGGACGGAUUGGUGGGCGUCAAGAAGUGAACCUGCAGAACCCGGGCUGCGUAUCCAAAAAGGGCACGGUAUUGCACGAGCUUCUCCAUGCUGUGGGAUUCAUGCACGAGCAGAGCCGACCAGAGCGCGAUGACUACGUGGGCGUGCGGUACCAGAACAUCAAGUCAGGCUCAGAGAAUAACUUCAAGAAGUCGGACGCCAAGCAAACGAACGACUUCGGCGUGAGUUACGACUACAACAGCGUCAUGCACUACUCCGAGUACGCCUUCUCCAGGAACGGACAGAAAACUAUCGAACCUAAGGUUGGCGGCGUGACCCUGGGCCAGAGAGAAGGUUUGAGUCGCGGCGACGUGAAGAAGGUUAAUACCAUGUACAACUGCCAGAAAGAGGAGCCCCAGAGCGGCUGGCUGGGAGCGGUGUGGCAAGGAGUCUUCGGGUAGAUUAAUCUAUUAUCAAAAUUAUUCGGUGCUUGCAUUAAUAUGACAAACUAAUAGAGAUAAACUAUUGACAAACACAUACUGAUGUGCCGCCGAA